AUGGCUGCCAGUCCGGAGAUUCAAAUUCAAGCGUUGCAAUCUUUGCUUGAAGUGAAGGAGAAUGUGGACAAGGAGGUUCACAUGAAAUGUGUGAUCACUGCUCUGAGUACAGCGUACUUGGAUGCUGACGCAGCCUUGAAGAUCUCCGCUGUCAUCGAGCAGCAAAGUUCUUUCUCAGCUGAGGACAAAGCUCGUUUGCAAAAAGCUGUUGGUGACCAAGUGCGAGAGGUUGGAAGUGCGAAGAAAGGUGGAAGAAAACCUUACCAGGACUACACCAAGGUUGAGAAUUUUUUGACCGACGACGUUUGGGAUGGCCUCAUGUCGUAUCCCUAUGGCCGUAGUUGUUCUCUUCUACUGGAGCAUGCCUGGAACCUGGGACUACGCAAUCCAUCGGAGCCGACUUAUGCUUCCUUGACUGCUCUUCUGUGUCUGUUUGGUUCACCGAAGACCAAUUUUGCUUUGAGUCAAACCUACGAGACCACCAAGACCUCGUGGAGCGCAUUUGCCACGAAGCAAAGGAAAAAGAAGGAUCUCCUUUCCUUGCACUUGGAGAAGUUGCCUUUGCCUGAAGAUUUGCCGGAAGUUUUGAAGGUGAAAGCCUUUGGAACAAAACCUCGUGUGGAGAGCCGCGUGAAGGACAGUUCUCUUGCGGAGUUGGAGCAGAGAAUUGUGAUGAGGAAGAGCCAUUUGCUUUCUCCCAAGAACCCGAUGGCGCAGGUUGCGCUCUGUGAACAGAGCUUUGGGCAGCCGCAGUUUGCUGACUCCAGCGCUCAUUCGUGGUCGCCUGCGCUGGUGAACCGCUUGGUGGAUUCGUUGACGAGGUUGGCGGAAAAGCAGCAUGCUGUUGCUUCUGAGUUGCCAAUCCAGUAUUUGCCGAGAGGCCAGAGCAAUGCCAAGACGGAUUUGAGCCAGCCUGCUUCGUCUGCCCUCGCGUUGCCAGCUCCAGAAGUGUCAGUGCCUGAGAGCAAUCGUCCUGUCGUUGACCCCGGUUUGGCAAAGUUGGUUUCCCCUUCAGAGGAGGGUCAGAAGAUGAAGCACGAAGUCACCAGUCAGUUACCUUCAGUGGUUGCAAGGAGCCCUUCUCAAACCGAAGGCGCAGAAGAGCCGAGCACGGUGGAGCCGAAUGCCGUGCAAAAGGCUACGGCGCUGGUGGCAGCCUUGGACAAACGGUCGCCUUCGACAGCUUCCAUGGCCCAGCCCAAGGUUAUGAAACGGCUUGCUGCGGCGAAGACAGCGCCUCAGCGCCACGCCUUGAAAAAGCCUGCGUCUAGCCAAUCUUCCACUGCUGUGAAGACUGGAAAGGUGCCGCCAGUGAAGAGUGCUUCCAAGACUUCAAAGUCCAAGGGAACCAAGAAGAGAGAGCUGAAAAUGACUCCGAACUGCGUGCAUUCACGCACAUGGCACGCUGUGAGGAACCAAGUUUUUGCCAAGACGGGCAAUGACGAGUUAGCUUGUCAAAAGGCAAAGAAAGCUGCGAAGAAAGCUUUGGACGCUUUUUUGAAAACUGCGAAGUAG